AUGGAUGCGAUACAAGCUGCAAAUACAGCUUUUUCGGUUGACCUAUUCAAAAAACUGUGUGAACUGGACAAGAGUGCUAAUUUUAUUUUUACUCCACUUUGCAUGUCGACUUCUCUUGCUCUAGCAUUUAAAGCAGCUAAUGGUGAGACAGCAACCCAGAUGAAACAGGGGCUCCAUCUAGAAGAUGUCAAAGAUAUUCCAUUUGGAUUCCAGACAAUUACCUCCGAUGCUUCCAAACUUAGCUCAUUUUAUUCAUUAAAAAUGAUUAAGCGGCUUUAUGUAGAAAAAUCCCUUAACCCUACUACGGAAUUCAUCAGUUCUGUCAAAAGGCCCUUCCCAUCAGAAUUGGAAGUUGUAGAGUUUAAAGACAAGCCCGAAGACACCAGGCUGCAGAUCAACAAAUCCGUUUCAGACCUUACCGAUGGUAAGAUGGAAAACAUUUUAAUUGAGGAGAGCGUCAAUGAUGAGACCAAGAUAAUCCUGUUAAAUGCAGCCUAUUUUAUAACAAACUGGAUGAAGAAGUUUCCUGAGGCUCAAACCAAGGAAUGUCCAUUCAGAAUAAGCAAGACGGAAACCAAACCUGUGCAGAUGAUGAACUUGGAAGCUACAUUAUGCUUGGGCUACAUUAAUGAUUUAAAAACCAAGAUUCUGGAACUCCCGUGUCAUAAUAAACAUAUGAGCAUGCUUAUCUUACUGCCUAAAGAUCUAGAAGAUGAUACCACUGGCUUGGAACAGCUUGAGAAGGAGAUCACCCCGGAGAAGCUGGUACAGUGGACCAAUCCUAGUGUGAUGGCAAACAGCAGAGUUAAUGUCUUCCUCCCCAAAUUCAAAGUGGAAAGUGAAUAUGACUUCAAACCCAUUUUAGAGAGCCUUGGAAUGACUCACAUGUUUGAUGAGAAUGCAUCAGAUUUCUCUGAAAUGUCAGAGUCGAAAGGCAUUGUUCUUUCCAAGAUCAUACACAAAGUCUCUCUGGAAGUAACUGAAGAAGGAGCCGAGUCUCGAGAUGUUCCUGGAUACCGGAUCCUACAACACAAAGAUGAAUUUAAUGCAGAUCAUCCUUUUCUUUUCUUCUUUAAGCACAACAAAAGUCGCAGUAUUGUAUUUGCCGGUAGAUUCUGUUCCCCUUAA